ACAGCGCUACAUGGGGGACGCAGGCGACAGCGGCUGGUACCACCGCUCCCACAUCCAGGAGAGACAAAUCUGCACUCUGGAGACAUCUCUAGGGCUUUUCGGCGCUCUGCCAUUGGGAAUUGACUUGAUGAAAUAACCAAGCCGAGCAUGAACACGUCACAUUUGAGCGUCCCCUCCUCUGAGCAUGGACUGACCAAAUCUCUCUCCGGAUGAUUUGAUGGGGCUGCUCAGAGUCAUGAUGCCGCCCAAGUUGCAGCUUCUGGCGCUGCUGGCGUUCGCAGUGGCCAUGUUCUUCCUGGAGAACCAGAUCCAGAAGCUGGAGGAGUCCCGGGGAAAGCUCGAAAGAGCCAUCGCCCGGCACGAGGUACGAGAGAUCGAGCAGCGACACACGCAGGACGGUCUGCGGGAACGGGACACGUCGGCCUCAUCGUCGGCCGACAGCGAGGACGACAUCGUCAUCAUCUACAACCGCGUGCCGAAGACGGCCAGCACCUCCUUCACCAACAUCGCCUACGACCUGUGUGGGAAGAACCACUACCACGUCCUGCACAUCAACACCACCAAGAACAACCCGGUCAUGUCCAUACAAGACCAGGUGCGGUUUGUAAAGAAUGUGACUGAGUGGAGGGAAAUGAAGCCAGCCUUCUACCACGGGCACGUCUCCUUCCUGGACUUCACCAAGUUUGGGGUGAAGAGGAAGCCCAUUUACAUAAACGUGAUCCGGGACCCCAUUGAAAGGCUGGUGUCCUAUUAUUACUUUCUGCGUUUUGGGGACGACUACCGGCCCGGCUUGAGACGCAGGAAACAAGGAGACAAGAAGACGUUCGAUGAAUGUGUAUCAGCCGGAGGCUCAGACUGCGCCCCUGAGAAGCUCUGGCUCCAGAUUCCCUUCUUCUGUGGUCACUACUCUGAAUGCUGGAACGUGAGAAGCCAGUGGGCUCUGGAGCAGGCGAAAUACAACCUGGUGAAUGAAUACAUGCUGGUCGGAGUAACAGAAGAGCUGGAGGACUUUGUCAUGAUGCUGGAGGCCGCGCUGCCACGCUUCUUCAAAGGAGCCACCGACCUGUACAAAACAGGGAAGAAAUCCCACCUGAGGAAGACCAGCGAGAAAAAGCCGCCCACAAAGGAGUCUAUCGCCAAGCUGCAGCAGUCAGACAUCUGGAAGAUGGAGAACGAGUUCUAUGAGUUUGCACUGGAGCAGUUCCAGUUCGUCAGGGCACAUGCUGUCAGAGAAAAGGACGGGGAGCUCUACCUGCUGGCGCAAAACUUCUUCUAUGAGAAAAUCUACCCCAAAAACUAAGGAGACACAUGUCUGUGGAAGAGUGUGGAGGGGACACUUGAUACAGGCUCAGAUGUGCAGCCUGAAAAAGAGACGGAAAGUGAGCCUGCUGGUGACUGUGUGGCUGGUACAGACGUGUGAUUGCAGCAUAAUGUGGAGCUGCAGAACAAUCCGGCUCUGACGCAGCGAUCAGACUGGCGCCCGCUCCGUUAUUCCUGUCCGUGGCAGCCAACUGGACGAGGAGCUCGCGUUUCGUCAGCAGGUUGCGUUCCCAGCAGCCCCCACCUCCACCCCCACCCCACAAGCCUCCAUUCCCUUUCACUUCCAUUUCAAAGGUCGUCCGCGCAGAGGGCCUCCGCCGGCACAUGUUCGGUGACGGCCUGUCCAACAGCUGGUCGGACCUCGACCCCUGAUUGGCUCGGCUGUUCUCCGAUCCAAACAAAACAUUUUCAUUGGCUCUGUACUGUUUGGUUGUGUUUGAUUGUAUUUUAACUCUUUACUAUGGUUGUCUUUUGUAUGUAAAGGCGGUGACAUUUUCCACGGUGAAACAACAUCCCCAUGCCUCACCACUACUACUAACUUAAAGAGAUUUUAAGUGUAAGAAAUUGACUACUGUGCUGUAUUAUUGGACUUGAACGAGAACUUUUGAGGUUUUUAUGAAGUAAAAAUCCUGUGGCCAUGGACUAUUUGCUGGGGCAAGUGUAUGUUUUAUACUGUACUUGCUGUUUUGUUGGAAGCCUCGUAAUGUGCAGCUUUGCCCAGAGGCUUCUCCUCCGUCAUGAAGGAAGCAUUUACACAUGAUAUCAUUGAAGUGUUUAAAAACACUAACGUGAAGAUGCUGCUGCUGUAAAUAUUUACUACUUUUUCAGUCUGUUGCCACAGUAUAAAAUCAACCAAUUUAUACUGUUAACGCCCUUAUAAAGUUAUUGUGCAUUUUAUUGUCAUGUACAUUUGUUUAAACACUUUCAUUUCACUUUUUGUCUGCAUUUUAUUUUUUGUCGUUAUUUUCAUUGUUGAACCAGGUAAACAUGGCUGGUCACUGAUAUGCUACUUUGCUGCUUAAAGGAAUAUUCCAACAUUUAAUUUCAUUUAAUAAUACAGUAUUUGCUUUCUUACCAAGAGUUAGAUGAGAAGCUCAAUACCAAUCUGAUAUCAGUCCUUUAAAUCUAAGGCUACAAACAGCAGUUAGCUUAGAUUAGCAUAAAGACUGUAAAUAAUGGGAAACAGCUGUUACUUCCACAUAACCCACCACCACCACUGCAAAAUUGUUUUUUCACCUCACUUUUUGUAUGGAUUAAACUAACUACACAUAACAUGUUAGAGGUGCUGGUGGGUUAAUUUUGUUCCUUUCGAACAGAGCCAGGCUAGCUAGUUCCCCUUUUUUCCAGUCCUUGCGCUAAGCUAACUAGCAGCAGCAUUAUAUUUGAUGUUGAUGUUCUAAGCAAGGAAGCAAAUUUCCCCAAAAUGUUGAACUAUUCCUUGAAAUCUCUGCUGUUUGUCCAUAUUAAAGACAGUGGCAGGGUUGGUAAUGACUUUGCUAAUUUGCUUGUGUGCUUCUCUUCACUUGUUUAUUUGAAGGUUAGAUUUAUUGCGGUUUUAAUGGCCUUUUACUGGCCAAUUAAAGUUCUUCUCUACCCCCCAUAAAUUGCUAGCUAACAGCUGGAAAAGUUUAAAGUGACAUAAUGUCGCCCUCACAACUAACUCUUAUCGAAAAGGUGUGCUCCUGUGAAAGCAAAAAAGAAAAACUUGCUUCGCCUGGAAGAGCUGCACAGAAUAUUUCUACCGAUUGUACUGUCACAUCACGAUACCUGAAGUACACAGAUGAGUAGCUAGUGAUUUUCAUCUGGGGACAUACUGUAGUUUGUGUGCCUUCUCUCCACCCAGCUCUCCGUGUGUCGCAGCUUUGUCAGGUGGAGCAUAAAAACAA